AUGGAGAGUGCGAACCCCUGGUUCCCUUCCGACAACACCUCCGUCCUGAAUCCGUCGCUCGCUACCCCUGGUAGUGCAUCCUCUCGUCCUCCCCCAGCUCCCCCCGACCCUCCUGACAUUUCCCCCACCCUACCCAUCUCCGAUUUCCCCCUUCUCUCCUCCAAAACUACUCCUCGGAAAUCCCAAUCUCCUAUGCAAAUUUCUCCAUCUCAGGGGACUGCAGUUAAAGAUUGGAAGUCUGGUUGUUCCACCCCUACUACUGGUGUCAAUUUGACUCAGAAAUCUCAGAUUUACUCUGAAUCUGGAACCACAUUACAAAUUCCGAAAACUACUGUUGACCUAAAUUUCAAAGGACUUAUUGCCCUUCCUCUCAAAUCCUCGUCUCCCUUAUACACUAACCGUGCUUCUGCAGCUCAAAACCGUGCCACUCAAGGUCAAAACUCGGGGUUCACAAUACAAAAGUGCAACAUCACAGCAAGUGCCGAUCUUGCUCCUGUAGAGUAA